AUGGAGGCCGGCGGGAAACUCACUUGCAGACAAAGGCAAGUCCUUUUUUUCUUUCUCCUCUUGGGCUUAUCUCUGGCGGGCAAGGCGGAACCUAGGCGCUAUUCUGUGGUGGAGGAAACUGAGGGCAGCUCCUUUGUAACCAGUUUAGCAAAGGACCUGGGUCUGGAGCAGAGGGAACUCUCCAGGCGGGGGUUUAGGGUCAUUUCCAAAGGGAACAAACUACAUUUGCAGCUCGAUCAGGAGACCGGGGAUUUGUUGCUAAAUCAGAAACUGGACCGCGAGGAACUGUGCGGUCAAACAGAGCCAUGUGUGCUACGUUUCCAGGUGUUGCUAGAGAGUCCCUUAGAGUUUUUUCAAGCUGAGCUACAAGUAAUAGACAUAAAUGACCACUCUCCGGUGUUCCUGGACAAAGAAAUGUUGCUAAAAGUAUCAGAGAGCAGCCCUCUGGGGACUACCUUUCCUCUAAAGAACGCUCAGGACUUGGAUGUAGGCCGAAAUAAUAUUGAGAACUAUGUGAUCAGUCCGAACUCCUAUUUUCGAGUGCUCACCCGCAAACGCAGCGAUGGCAGGAAAUAUCCCGAGUUGGUGCUGGACAAAGCGCUGGACCGCGAGGAGGAACCUGAGUUCAGGUUAACUCUCACAGCACAGGACGGCGGCUCCCCGCCCCGGUCUGGCGCCACGCAGGUCUACAUCGAAGUCCUGGACGUCAACGAUAAUGCCCCUGAAUUUGAGCAGCCUUUGUAUAGGGUGCGGAUCCCUGAGGAUAGCCCGAUAGGUUUCCUGAUAGUCACAGUCUCUGCUACGGAUGUAGACAUAGGAGUCAAUGGAGAGAUUUCCUAUUCACUUUUCCAGGCUUCAGAUGAGAUUAGCAAAACCUUUGAGAUCAAUCCCUCGACAGGAGAAAUUAGGCUGAAAAAACAACUUGAUUUCGAAACAAUUCAGUCUUAUGAAGUCAAUAUCGAGGCGAGAGAUGCUGGGAGCUUUUCUGGAAAAUGCAUCGUUCUGACUGAAGUCAUGGAUGUGAACGACCACGCCCCAGAAGUUACCAUGUCUUCAUUUACCAGUCCAAUCCCUGAGAACUCUCCUGAGACAGUGGUUGCAGUUUUCAGUGUUUCAGACCUUGAUUCGGAAGAAAACGGGAAAAUAAGUUGCUCCAUUCAGGACAAUCUACCCUUCUUCCUGAAAUCUUCCGUGGAAAACUUUUACACCCUUCUAACAGAUGGACCGCUCGACAGAGAGAUCAGAGCCGAGUACAACAUCACCGUCACCGUCACUGAUUUGGGGACACCCAGGCUUAAAACCCAGCUCAACGUAACCGUGCAGGUCUCCGACGUCAACGACAACGCCCCUGCCUUCACACAAACCUCCUACACCCUGUUCGUCCGCGAGAACAACAGCCCCGCCCUGCACAUCGGCAGCGUCAGCGCCACAGACAGAGACUCGGGCACCAACGCCCAGGUCACCUACUCGCUGCUGCCGACCCACGACCCGCACCUGGCCCUCGCCUCCCUGGUGUCCAUCAACGCGGACAGCGGACACCUGUUCGCCCUGCGGUCGCUGGACUACGAGGCCCUGCGGGCGUUCGAGUUCCGCGUGGGCGCGGCAGACAGAGGCUCCCCCGCGCUGAGCAGCGACGCGCUGGUGCGCGUGGUGCUGGUGGACGACAACGACAACGCGCCCUUCGUGCUGUACCCGCUGCAGAACGGCUCUGCGCCCUGCACCGAGCUGCUGCCCAGGCAGGCCGAGGCGGGCUCCCUGGUGACCAAGGUGGUGGCGGUGGACGGCGACUCGGGCCAGAACGCCUGGCUGUCGUACCAGCUGCUCAAGGCCACGGAGCCCGGGCUGUUCGGCGUGUGGGCGCACAACGGCGAGGUGCGCACGGCCCGGCUGCUGAGCGAGCGCGACGCGGCCAGGCACAGACUGCUGGUGCUGGUCAAGGACAAUGGCGAGCCGCCGCUGUCGGCCACCGUCACGCUGCACGUGCUGCUGGUGGACGGCUUCUCCCAGCCCUACCUGCCGCUGCCGGAAGCGGCGCCGGAGCGGGCGCAGGCCGACUCGCUCACCGUCUACUUGGUCAUCGCGCUGGCCUCGGUCACCUCGCUCUUCCUGUUCUCGGUGCUCCUGUUGGUGGCGGUGCGGCUGUGCAGGAGGCGCAGGGCGGCCUCGGAGGGCCGCUGCUCGGUGCCUGGGGGCCGCUUUCCGGGCCACCUGGUGGACGUCAGCGGUACGGGGACCCUGUCCCAGAGCUACCAGUAUGAGGUGUGUCUGAUGGGAGAGUCAGGGACCAGCGAGUUCAAGUUUCUGAAACCAAUUGUACCUAAUUUCCAGGGCCAUUCCCCUGAGCCAGAAGUGGAAGAAAACCCCAAAUUUAGGAAUGACUUUGGUUUCAGACUUCAGUUAAAAUAA